AUGCUAAGAGGGACACCUCCUGUUAGGGCAAGUGCAAGUGCAAGUGCAAGUGCAAGUGCAAGUGCUAAUGCAAGUGUUAAUGCCGGUACUAGCAAUGAUUCCAAUGAAGCGAUUACUAAAUUGGUGAAGGAUUGCAAGGAGAGAAUAGCAAAUAGAGAAGCAAGACAAGUUCCUUUGCCAUCAUCAACAAAAGGGAGUUCAGCAGCUCGUGGCAGCUCUUCUUUUGUGAGUUAUGGUGACUACACAAGAGCACCAACAACAGCAGCUGAAGGGAAGAAAAGAAGGGCAGUAGGUGGUGCUAUUGAAAAGUCAUUCCAAAACGAAUCAAGGGAAGAAUGUAAUGGUGAGAUUGCUAGGAUGUUUUACACCAGUGGUUUAUCCUUCAAUCUAGCAAGAAAUCCACACUAUCGGAACUCUUAUUUUAGAGUUUCUACUCUUUCGGGCUAUGUUCCACCGGGUUAUAAUGCUAUAAGAACAACACUCCUUGCUAAUGAAAGGAAGAAUCUUGAGAAUCAAUUGAUGCCAUUGAAGUUUGCAUGGAGAGAUAAGGGUGUGAGCAUUUGUAGUGAUGGUUGGUCCGAUGCACAAAGAAGACCCUUGAUUAAUGUGAUAGCUGUUUGUGAGAGUGGUCCAAUGAUGUUGAAAGCUGUAAAUUGUGAAGGAGAAUACAAGGAUCAUCAAUUGAUUGCCAACUUGUUUAUUGAUUCUAUUAAGCAAGUUAGUUAUGAAAAUGUAGUGCAAGUAGUGACCGACAAUGCUCAUGUUUGUUCAAAGGUCGGUGCUUUGAUAGCAAUUAUGUUUAGUGAUCAUUGUAAUUUGAAGUUGCUUUCGGUUGCUCUCACAAAGUUUGCAUCUACAUUUAUUAUGCUCAAGAGGUUUAAGACGAUCAAAAAUGGUUUGCAACAAAUGGUGAUUAGUACAAAGUGGGAUGAUUAUAGAGAAAAUGAUUAUAGGAAGGCGGGUAGGGUGAAAGAAAUGUUGUUGGAUGACUUAAUGUGGGAUAACAUUGAUCAUAUUCUUUCUUUUACCGAGCCUAUCUAUGAGAUGAUUAAGAAGGCGGAUACAGAUAAGCCUUGUCUUCAUUUAGUGUAUGAAUGGUGGGAUAGUAUGAUGGAGCAAGUGAAGAAGGCUAUUUAUAGGAAAGAAAUGAAGCAAAUUUAUGAAAAAUCUUCAUUUUGGGAUGCGGUGCAUAAAAUUCUAUUGUCUCAUUGGAGCAAAGACAAUACACCCCUCCAUUGCUUGGCACAUUCUUUGAAUCCCAAUUUGGAAUGGCUUGAUGAAGAUUCCCAUCGGGUUGCUCCUCACAAGGAUUUAGAUGUUACAAGGGAAAAGAAAAAUUGUUUUCUUCGAUACUUUACCAAUGAGGAUGAUAGAAGAAAUGCUAACAUAGAGUAUGAUAAUUUUUCUGUGUAUGCAAGGGUUUGGAAGUGGAGAUGUGAUGAAAGAUAG